ACUCUCUCACUCCCCCCUCCUCUCUCUCUCUCCCCAAAACCUCUGUUUCUGAAAAACCCUUCACCGGCUUCCUUCCCUCCUCCACCAUGGCCAGGAUCGCUCCCCUGCUGAAAGCUUCCGCCGCCACUCUUCCUCAUGUCAGAGCGGUGGCGCCGCGUUUUGUUCGGAUUCUCCGACUUGUUAUUGUUCGAUCUAAUGCAACUUUGGCACAGCCGCAGCUUGACCACGAUUACAACUAUUACAAGCAAAAUGAGUACGAGUCGAAUAUUCGCCUUGAGAACAUGAGAUCAGCUCCAGUGAACGAUUCCGAGGGAUGGGAACCACCGAGAGGAGUGCAGUGGGUGUUCAUGGGCGGUCCCGGCGCGAAGAAGAGCGUCUACGCCAAGAAGCUUUCGGAGCUUCUGGAAGUCCCUCACAUUUCCAUGGCCAGCCUUGUUCGCCAGGACCUUAGCCCGCGUUCUUCUCUCUACAAACAGAUUGCAAAUGCAGUGAACCAUGGGGAACUUGUUCCAGAGGAGAUUAUUUUUGGGCUGUUGUCAAAGAGGCUGGAAUAUGGGUAUCGCAACAGAGAAACUGGAUUUAUUCUUGAUGGAAUUCCUCGAACUCAAAUCCAAGCUGAGAUCCUUGACAAACUUGUGGAUAUUGAUCUUGUUGUGAAUUUCAAAUGUGCGGAGAAUUGCUUAUUAGAACACCAUGGAAAUGGCAUCUUUUCAAACUCUUGUCAAUCUGAUAGCUUCAGCAGCUCUGCGUGUGCAAGCUUUGAUGUGGCCCAGGACAUACAGUCAAAAUUUUCCUUGGGUAAUUCAGAAAAUUCCUGGAAAGAAAAAGUUUCUGUCUAUUCCAAGCAGGUGAAGUCACUGGAGGAUUACUACAAGAAACAAAAGAAACUCAUUGAUUUUCAAGUGCGGAGCGCCCCUGGAGAGACAUGGCAGAAGCUUUUGGCUGCACUGCAUCUCUAGCUUAUUAAUGCUGUUUCUGGGUUAACCUUAGGAUCCUGUUGGCUGUGGCCUUCCAUUCAAGCCAGCAUUGCUGUAAUACAUGUAAUGCAAAUAGUCGAGUUAGCAGGGGAAUUUCCCAAGUUCCAGUAUAUACUCCUUCCUAUGCUCACUUUCCUCUUUCAUUCUCUUUUUGUGGGGAGGAGUUAUGCCUGUGAGUUGGAAAUCCUGUUCUUCCCAUUGUCUCAGUCCUGUAAAUAAUGUCCACCAACCAAGAAUGUAAUAUGACUUUGGCAACUAAAAAGGCAUGGAAUGGGCUUUGUGACGUUUAACAUUUUCA